AUGAUAUUUAUGAAUGAUGGCUUAGAAGUUGUGGAUCGGAAGAGUGGUCUAAGUAGAGUUAAUGGGUUAAUUAAAAAAGAAAAAUUGGGUAAGGUAUAUCAUUUAUAUCGCAACACAGAAGCGGUGCAAAAUCACUCAACACAAGUCAUGCUUUUUGAGAUGAUGGAAAAGCCAAAUACAAUACUUGACUUUUUCAAAAGAAAAAAUGCACAAAGUUCAAAUGCCAAUGUUAGUGAUGCAUCAUCGCCAACUUCUGAUAUCAUAGUUUCUGAAAAUUCUUCUAAAAAAUCUCGAAGAGUUGACGUAAAUGAAUUUGAUAUUAGUUCAUUGGAGUUUGAUCCUGGAUUGCGUCGUCAGAUAUGGGAGUAUAAUGUUAAUCAACGGGAUGAAAUUCGACGAGCUUACAUUAAAGCUGGUCCGUACCAAAUAAUCCUCCCACAUUACCCAAAAUCUGGAGAUAAAAAUCAUCUUCGUAGCUUUCAACCUUCAUGGUACAAUCUAUUUCCUUCAUGGCUUGAAUAUUCACGCAUUAAAGAUGCGGCAUUUUGUCUACCAUGCUUUCUCUUUAAUAAGCCAUCUGGGCAUCCUACGCAACGUGUAUUCACUAUAGAUGGAUUCAAGAGUUGGAAGAAAGUUAGAGAUGGAAAAAAUUGUGUUUUUCUCAAUCAUAUAGGAAAAGAUCCUAAUUCAUUUCACAGAAUUGCUGAGAGGUCAUAUGAAGACUUGAAGAACCAGUCUCAACACAUCCAAAAUGUAUUUGAAAAUUUCACUUCUGAACAAAUUGCAAACAAUCGAUUGCAGUUAAAAGCCUCAAUUGAUGUUGUUCGAGUGCUUGCAUUUCAAGGUGUUGCUUUUAGAGGUCGGGAUGAAAGUGUGGAUUCAACGAAUCGUGGAAAUUUUCUUGAAAUAUUGAAUUUAAUGGUUUCAUAUAAUGAACAGAUUGCUGAAGUAAUAGCUAAAGCUCCAAAAAAUGCCUCUUAUACAUCACCAAUGAUACAGAAAGAAAUUUUACAUAUUUUUUCAACCAAAGUGAAGGAGACAAUUCGCAAAGAAAUUAGUAAUGCAAAGUUUUGCAUAAUGGUUGAUGAAGCUCGUGAUGAUUCAAUGAAAUAG